ACUUAUCUCCUGUGUCUCUUUCUCCUUGUGAAAAUCAGGCAGGGACUUUAUAACCUGUGACGGGAUUCCAUAUUUUAUUUUACUCAAAACAAUAACCGGAUUAUUUGUCUCCCUGCAGUGCCCCAGUUUGGGAACCUGCAAUUCUGUGGCAGCUGCUUGUAGUUUUGACAUCUUACAAGCCUUGGCCACGGAGAAUACAUUGUAGCCUAUUUACUCUGCUUAUGAGUUGGACAGACGCACUGACGCAACCGGAUUUGACUUAAUUAACUAUCUGCCACUUCUAUUUUCUUUUGAUCAUCUGAGCAUUAAAAAUACACCCGAGGAUGCCAUGUACCCGAAUAGCUAGUCAAACGAGUAGAAAAACGUGACUGUCCUCUUGUCAGAUCGACUUAUUCAGUCAGAGGGAAAACGAGGAGCACAGGAAGUAAGCUUAAAGGUGUAUAUUUAGGGAUCUUUGGAAUUUACUAUUGGCUGAUUUGCAUCAGUAUGGUAAUAAAGAUGGAAGGUGAUAGGCAGAUUCUGGAGGAGACUGGAGUAGACGAAUAUGCCUCUGCAGUUCGAGCAGCACUGGAAACCCGUGCACCUGCUAUACCGCACACAAGAACCGAGCCAGACAGCGGAGGCGUGGACGCGCAGGAGUACUCAGCCUCGUACCACUCCGCUGCAUCCCAUCUGUCUGCUUGUUGUCAUGGAGGAGCCAAGAUGGCGGUCCUGGCCUAUAGCCUAGGCAAACGGGAAAUAAAUCAGUAUUUUAGCAUUAAAAAUGCUAAAUUAUUAUCUCUCGCCGCCGUCAUUCUACUCACGGUCUUUCACACCGUUUCUCGAUAUUAUGGAGGCGGAGACACAUGUGAAUGGCUGCUGUCCAGCGGCCGCUACUUAGGAGGGAAUGUAUGGCAGCCCUAUGGCUGUAUGAUGCACAGAUACAAAGGCAGUGAAGUGAAGACUUGCCUUGCUGAGAAAAGGGUGGCCUUCGUUGGUGAUUCCAGAAUACGGCAGCUGUUCUAUUCGUUCAUACAGAUAAUCAAUCCUGCUCUGAAAGAGGAUGGGAAGAAGCACGAAAACAUUCCCUUUGAAGACAAGAGCUCUUCAGUCAAUGUGGACUUUCUGUGGUAUGCGGAAGUGAAUAACUCUUUAAAGGAGCGUUUGGUGUCAUGGACAGAGGGUCCCUCUGUAAAACCGGACAUCCUCAUCAUCGGCGCUGCCACCUGGUCCAUCAAGCUGCGUGGUGGCAGCAGCGAGGCGCUGCAACAGUACCGGGCCAACCUCACCGCCAUCUCCUCGUCCCUGGAACGGCUGGCGGAGUAUGGGGAGGUCUACUGGGUCCUACAGGAUCCCGUCCAUGAGGAGGGGCUGAGUGAGAGCAGGAAGAUGAUCACUAAUGAACAGCUGGAGCUUUACAACGAGGCAGCGCUCGACGUUCUGAACAGCAGCAAGAAGAACGGCAAGGGCCGAGUUCGCUUCCUGGGUGCUUUGCGUCAGGCUGCCAUGGAAACCAUCUCCCAGUCAGCUGACGGCCUGCACCUGCCUGAGAGCACCCGGAACGUGGGUGCCAUGAUCCUGCUGAACGCCGUUUGCAACCGGGUGCUGCGGCCCGUCGACGGCUCCUGCUGCCAGUCUCUGCCGGCACCCAGUCUCCUCCAGAAGCUGACAGCCUGUGUCUUCCUGGGCUCGGCCCUGGUCCUCCUGGUUCUCCAUGUCCUGGGCCACAACCGGCACCCGAAGUCCCGGCCCCCGCCGUCCGACGUGGAGAGCGGGGAGGAGAAGAAGCCGGCGGUGUCCGGAGCGCUCAGCCACAUGGCCCCGUUCCAGGCAGUGUGUAAGAUGGGCCUCAUCAUGGCCUACUUCUAUCUGUGUGACCGGGCAGACGUCUUCAUGAAGGAGCAGAAGUUCUACACCCACUCCACCUUCUUCAUCCCACUCAUUUAUAUGUUCGUCUUGGGCGUCUUCUAUAGCGAGAACAGUAAGGAGGCCAAGUUCCUGAACAGAGAGCAGACUGACGAGUGGAAGGGCUGGAUGCAGCUGGUCAUCCUCAUCUACCACAUUUCUGGAGCCAGUGCUUUCAUCCCGGUGUAUAUGCAUGUCCGAGUCCUGGUGGCAGCCUACCUCUUCCAGACCGGAUACGGACACUUCUCUUUCUUCUGGCUCAAAGGGGACUUCGGACUCUACAGAGUUUGCCAGGUCCUGUUUCGUCUCAACUUCCUGGUCAUAGUGCUGUGUCUGGUGAUGGACCGGCCGUACCAGUUCUAUUACUUUGUGCCUCUGGUCACCUUCUGGUUUGUGGUCAUCUACGCCACCAUGGCUUCAUGGCCCCAGAUCCUCCAGAAGAAAGCCAAUGGAAGUGGGAUGUGGCACAUGGGGAUUCUAGUGAAGCUUCUUGGGCUGCUCCUGUUCAUCUGCUUCUUUGCCUAUUCACAGGGGUUGUUUGAGAGCAUUUUCUCCGUAUGGCCCAUUUCCAAGCUCUUUGAACUAAACGGGAGCAUACACGAAUGGUGGUUCAGGUGGAAGCUGGAUCGUUUUGCCAUCAUCCAUGGGAUGCUGUUUGCCUUUGUCUACUUGGUACUGCAGAAGUGCCAGGUCCUCUCUGAGGGGAAGGGAGAGCCUCUCUUCUCCAUUAGGAUCUCCAACGUCCUCCUUUUCAUCUCUGUGGUCUCAUUCACGACUUACUCCAUAUGGGCCAGCAGCUGUCGGAACAAGACUGAGUGUAAUGAGAUGCACCCCUACAUCUCAGUCCUCCAGAUCCUAGCCUUCGUCCUGAUCCGGAACAUUCCUGGCUACGCCCGCUCUUUGUACAGCUCGUUCUUCGCCUGGUUCGGCAAAAUCUCCUUGGAGCUUUUCAUCUGCCAAUACCACAUCUGGCUGGCAGCAGACACCAAGGGCAUCCUGGUGCUGAUCCCGGGCAGCCCGUCGCUCAACAUCAUUGUCAGCACCUUCAUCUUCGUGUGCGUGGCCCACGAGAUCUCCCUGAUCACCAACGACCUAGCCCAGGUGGCCAUCCCCAAGGACUGGGGCGCCCUGCUGAAGAGGCUCCUGGCAGCUGGAGUCUUCGUCCUGGCCCUGCUGGUGUUCAGAAGUGACGAGGGCCUCCGGAGAGCGGGGAAAACCGACUGAACACCCGGACCGACCGACCGGUGAGAGGUCGCCGCCGUCGUCGUCCCCCUGACCCCAGGGUGGUAUUCUGCAGCACCAAAUGAAAGAACAAAAAAUAAAAACUUCUCCAUUCUUUCUGUUAAAAAAAACAACCCACGAUACCAUUGAUACCACUGGUUGCAUUGAUGGACGGAGGCGCGGAGCAGAAGAGUCCGAGGAGGAUUUGGCCACGCCGUCUGUCCCCAGACCGCUGCACUCCGACGGCUGAGCAGGAAGUCGUACACUGAAGGGCUCCGGCUCCACACUCUAGAUGUUUACAGAAGUGGGGGAGGUGUGGAUCUUAAACUAAAAGGCCAUCCUGGGGAGCUGUGGGACUCGUUGCUACAUUAAGCCCCCCCCCCCAAACCUUGCCCAUUCAGUUCUCCCUAUUUCAGUCCUGUUUAGUUCCUCUCACGGCUCCCCUCUGUUCCUCUCUGCCCC